AUGUCAAUGUCGAGUCUAAGUUCAGCCACGAUCCGAGGGUAUUCCCCCAUAUCGAAACGCCCCUUGUCGUCGUGUAUGCUACGACAGACUUAUACAGCCGUUACCCCACGGCUGACGAGACAAUUCGUCGCCACCCCGAAACGAUGCUUCCAUCGAUCGUCGCAUAAAUACCAACAGAAUGAACGUUUUAGCUCAAGAUUACGGACUGCGUUAAGAGAUACAAAGGUUACGUGGUACCAUAUACCCGUCGGAUUGGGAAUUGGGUUUCUCGGUCUCGUGCAGUUCUACAAGACUCAAGCCCGUGAGAAGGAAAGAAUCGAGAGAGAGGCUGCCGGUGAGGAUGGCACCCGCCCCAAGAAACGGGCCCGGAUACGGCCAGAUGGUCCGUGGCAAGUACAAGUAAUGUCAACAUUACCCUUAAAGGCUAUGUCAAGACUAUGGGGAAAAUUCAACGAGCUCACCAUUCCAUACUACCUCCGAGUCCCGGGCUUCAAGCUCUACGCAUUUAUCUUCGGCGCGAAUCUAAACGAGGUCUCUGAACCAGAUCUUCACGUAUACCCAAACCUCGCUUCUUUCUUCUAUCGAACCCUUAAACCCGGCGCUCGACCCCUAGACACAAAUCCAGACGCCUUACUAUCACCAUCCGAUGGACGCGUGCUCCAAUUUGGAAAGAUCGAAGGUAACGACAUCGAACAAGUAAAAGGCAUGACAUAUACCAUAGACGCAUUACUGGGCAAGCACACGCCCCCACCCAGCCUAUCCGGGGAGAAACCAGAAACGACCGACCAAGCAACAACACCCAAACCCAAGCACGGCGACGAAGAACUCGUCUCAUCGGACGAGGAAUUCGCCCGCGUGAACGGGAUCUCGUACACGCUACCGAACCUUCUCUCCGGUCCCGACGACGGCCACGAGACCAAGCGUCUCGACGACCAAACCACCACGCCCUCCAGCCCCGGCGCCGUCUCCGAAGUCCGCGCGGACCUCGCCCUCGGCGAGAAGCCGUGGUACGCACUGCUCUCCCCGGACAACCGCACCGCGCUCUACUACGCCGUCGUGUACCUCGCGCCGGGCGACUACCACCGCUUCCACUCGCCCGCGAACUGGGUUGUCGAGCGGCGUCGCCAUUUCGCGGGGGAGCUAUACUCUGUAUCGCCGUACCUGCAGCGCACGCUACCCGGACUUUUCACCCUAAACGAGCGCGUAGUCCUUCUGGGGCGAUGGCGUUGGGGUUUCUUUAGUUUCGUGCCAGUCGGUGCGACGAACGUUGGCUCUAUCACCGUCAACUUCGACCGCGAACUGCGCACUAACUCUCUUCUCACCGACACCGCGGCUGAUCGCGCUGCAGAAGAGGCCGCCGCUCGUGGUGAGCCGUAUAGCGGCUUUUCCGAGGCGACGUACGGUGCCGCGAGUCGUGUGUUAGGGGGCCAUGCGCUGAGGCGCGGGGACGAGAUGGGCGGUUUUAAGCUUGGGAGCACCAUUGUGCUCGUGUUCGAGGCACCUGUCGCUGACCACCCGGGCGCGAAGGGCGGGUUUGCCUGGGCCGUGGAGAAGGGGCAGAAGGUUAAGAUGGGGCAGGCGUUGGGUUAUGUUAGGGAAUAG